GGAAAAAAAUAGGAUUAAAGAUGCAGAGUGAAGUUUGUGAGUGAAGAUUAGCAACGAACCGAAGCGAUAGAAAGAAGAAAGAAAGGCAGUCGAAUCAGCAGGGUUCUGAUCCGAUCUGAGUGAAUCAGAAAUCCGUCGUUCUCAUUCUGCAGAAAUUCCCAAUCUUCUUUGUUUCUGCAUCGAUCAGCAAUGUCCUCCUUCCUCCACCAGAGAACUUUGCAGAACCCUUUCUCCAACCCAUUUCCCGUUUCAGCUUCAUCUUCAACCAAUUCCAAGAGACCCUUCUCCUCCGUUCUGGGCCCCACCACCCUCCUUGCCCUGCUCGCUCUCGUGGUCGUAGUGGGCGUCUUCUGCCCCUGGGUCGGCAUGCCCCAAGCUCUCUCCUUUACUUUAACUUCAACCUCAGCUCCCAAAUGGGACCACUACACACUGGAACAAGCUCUCUCCUUUGUGGCCAAAAAUGGCUCCGUCAUCGUCUGCAUUGUCAGCCAACCCUACUUGCCCUUCCUCAACAACUGGUUGAUUAGUAUAGCCAUGCAGGAUCGCCAGGAUAUGGUCCUUGUCAUUGCCGAGGACUACGCCUCGCUCCACCGGGUCAAUGAUCUUUGGCCUGGCCACGCUGUUCUCAUUCCUCCCGUUCUUGAUGCUGAAGCUGCCCAUAAGUUUGGCUCUCAGGGUUUCUUCAACUUUACAGCCAGGAGGCCUAGACAUCUGCUGAAGAUUUUGGAGCUUGGAUAUAGUGUGAUGUACAAUGAUGUUGAUAUGGUUUGGUUGGCUGAUCCAUUUCCUUAUCUUGUAGGGAACCAUGAUGUGUACUUUACUGAUGAUAUGACUGCAAUCAAACCAUUGAACCAUUCUCACGAUUUACCACCACCAGGAAAAAAAGGCCGUCCUUACAUUUGUAGCUGCAUGAUUUUCCUCCACCCUACCAAUGAAGCAAAGCUAGUUUUGAAAAAGUGGAUUGAGGAACUUCAGAUUCAACCGUGGUCUAAAACUGUGAAAUCUAAUGACCAGCCUGCUUUUAACUGGGCUUUGAUGAAGAUUGCUAAAGAGGUUGAUAUGUACCUGCUGCCACAGGCAGCAUUCCCCACCGGUGGAUUAUAUUUCAAGAACAAGACAUGGGUGAAGGAAACUAAAGGCAUGCAUGUUAUCAUUCACAAUAACUAUAUAGUUGGGUUUGAGAAGAAAAUAAAGCGGUUUCGUGACUAUGGAUUGUGGUUGGUAGAUGAUCAUGCACAGGAGUCUCCUCUAGGUACAUUAUGAUCCUUGGUAGAUAACAACUUUCUUUAGCUUUGGUCCAAGCACUUCUAUUCAGAAAAAUCCCUGCUCUGCUUGCUUAAGUGGGUGUUUACUCCAGAUUACAACCGUUGCUGUCAACAAUGCAACACUGACUAAAUGAUGGGUUGGGAGAAAAUGGUCUCUUGCUUUUAAUUUUGUGGAGAAAAAACGGAGCUUGUAAAAUGUAGAAGGAAGAGAAGGGUAGACUUUUAUUUGGUUUUUCAUAGUUGUACCUGAUGUAUAAUGUUUACCAAGAAUAUUCUUCCAUUGUAAGAAUUAUUAAUUUGGCAUAUAUAUAAUAUAAUACGAAAGGGAAAUACUGGAUUGAGUAUAACAAA